GUACCUUCGAUGAUUUUACCGUCAAUUACCCUCAUUCACAGUGUUACCGGAGACAGCAUACAAUAUAUGAAAAAAAUAGGGAUGCUAAAUAUUUUCUAAAUAUUCAAAUGUUGGAAAAAUUCGGGAGUAUUUGAGAAGAUUGUGAUAAAUAUUCAAAAAUACACACAAAGAUUAUUAAUUAUAUAAAUAUUCCUCAUAAAUAUUUUUGAAUAUGUAUUUUUCUUCUAUCUGACUUUCCCGGACAUAUGAAUAUUCACAAAAUACUUAAUAUCCAUAUUUUUUAAAUAUUUCACAGAUAUCGUGUGCUGUCUUGUUCUAACCGAGAACUUUGAUAACUUUCCUCGUUCUAGAAAGCCUCUUCUCUAUCCGACCGUCCACCACGUGAGCCAUUAAAAACAUUUUCGCGUACAUAGUAUAGUCUUCGAGCUAGCGCAAAAGCGACGUAAUCGAUGAUACGCUUAACAAAAAAAAGUUGUUAUCUCUCAUAUAUUCGACGUCACUUUUUUUCUUGAUUUAUUGCGAAAAAGUUAAUUCUGCGUUUCUGCAGGAACAUCCCUGCAGAUUAUGCAACAUUCCGAUCCGCCUUCCUCACGAAUACCUCCGCGCCAAUUUAGACUUGUUUAUCCUGAAAGCACAUUUUCACGUCAAACAUAAAUUGAUCUUCCUCGUGAAUCUGCUGAUCUCUCCCGCUUAUAAAUCUCGUCCGAAUUCCGCUGUAAUAAUAUCAUCGUACGCGCAUACACCGUGUGUUCGUCCUCAUCACGUCGGGGGAUUUGUCGAUCCGCGAGGAAGAUAGAUCCACGGGAAAAGGGAGGAAGGAAGGAAGUAAGGAAGUAAGUCAGUCUAUACGGUGGAAAAGAAGCCGGUCGGCGCGAACGUCAGUGAGCGUCACGACGCGCAGGCAGGUUGCACCGCGCCUCCUCGUCGCCUUGCUGACCGCGAUAGUACGUACUCGCCGAUGCGUCGGGGAGGACGUCGCGACACCCCGGUGGUGGUACACGCUCGCGAGUGCACGACUUUCUCUCUCUCUCUCUCUCUCAGUGGAUCAUGGGGCUGAACGCCGGCUAAAUGGGGGCCGAUGGACAUUUUCGCGUGACCUUGUCCCUCAGGAGGGAACCGGGCGCUGGGCCGGUCUACUGCAAGAUGGAGACCUCAGCCAGGUUCCGACAGCUGAAAACAGUGAAGCUAAGCUGCGAGACGACCUACCGGCUCGACAUCAGCUUCAAGCCGCCGCAACUGCUGCAGUCCCUGAGCAUCGGCGGCAAGCCGGUGGAGGCGAUCGAGCGGGCGAGGGACGGCACGGCGUGCGCGUACAGCGCCUACCACAGCACGAAGGACAUCGUGGCGAGCGCGCGCGGCCAUCGGGAGGACCUGCCGAUCGCGAUGCGUGUGCUCGGCUCCGGCUACCUGACCACGUGCCUGCAGAUCAAGUACUACCGGCUGGACGAUCAGAGUCACUGCGAGUGGGGCGCCCGGCUGCACUGCAUCGAGCUCGACUGCUCCAGCGUUGAGGGCCGCUUGGUCACGGUGGACCGGGAGACCUACAGGAAGCUCGGCAUAGAGUCUUAGCGAACCGUCCCGUCGCGCGCGCCGUAUCGGAAUUACCACGCGGAGAAAGCUUGCGCGAGCUCUUAAGCUGUGUCAUCGAUUCGGUCGAACGAGGGAUCGAUAGUACUUGGCGAUUUUUAGUCUCGGUCUACAACAGGUGAACUCUAAGAGAAAUUGACCAAUCACAAUCGAAUCAAUUGUGUUUGGUAUUUCAAUUUCUUAAAUUCUUAUUGUAGACCCCGCUUAAGUGUCGGCCCACAAUUUGGAGCCUUAAGAAAUUGAUCAGUCAAAGAGUGAAGAGAAUAAUUAACUGUAAUUGGUCAAUUUCUUAAAGCUUGAAAUUGUGGACCGAUGUAGCUCUACGUUUCACGGCGUUUCUUUAUUAAUGCGGAUCGGUCGUAAGUUCAUCCCGCCAGCGUGUAGUCGUCGCAGGUGAGAAUUUUACAACUUGAUGUCCACCUUUUUCACGAGUUCAUGUUAAGCUAAAUGUAAGUGCUGAGAGAGAACAAACUUUGCAAAUGUGCACAGAUUAUAACGAAUCCGAGCGUUUCGUUUGUUCGCAAGCUGGUUUAUCAAAGAAAAUUUCUGCGUGUUUAGACGAUAUAUUCAUUCGCAUAUUCACUCGCGUAGGAUAUUCCCCCGACGCGAACGGAGCUAAUUCAUUCGUGGCUGGCUUCGUUUUCGACACUUUCGGUAUUAUCGCUCUGAAUGAAAAUACUCGAGCGAGAGAAAUUUGUCGACGAUGCACAGGACAAGAAGAAUCGUACACAUUCGUCGUGAAAAUUCCGUCUAAUUCCGGUGUUUUCGGCCGGUAUUCCCCGGUCGAGAGGCCGCGCUAAGAAUUAACAAAGGAAAAACGAACACAUCGAUAACAAGGUGCCUAUGUAACGCGCGCGCGUGUCAUCGAUCGUCGAUUAAUAUUUAAUUGCCGGGCGAAUCGAUCGCGCAACGCACGAUACGAAUGAAAUGCUGCUUCUCCUAAUUGAAGAAACCGGGAAAGAAGUGUCCUCGCGUGACGGUGUCAGCUUUCGUUAGUUCGUUCAUCGAAUGCACUUUCGCGCGCAUUAUUAACCGCUGACUGCUACAGUAAUGUCCCACUGACAUGACCACAAAAUGAGAUUCAAGCUCAUCCCCCCCCCCAAUAAUGAUUUACUUUGCAAAAAUAUAAUGCUUCCCUCCGGUAACUGUACAUGUUUAAUGACUUAAUGAAAAUUUCAGCCAUUACAAAACAUUUCACAUACAUUAUAAUAAGGAGGGACCAAAUCCCACUUCAGUAGUACUUAACGCGCUUCGGUGUUAGUUCUCCUUAUUUACAAUGCAAUCUAUAUGUUCGCACUUCCGAAGGUGUUCUCACAGCUUUCUCCGUUAACCGAAAGGUUUGAGGGGUCGGAGAUAGUAUGCACGAAGGAAAACGCGGGUAAAUGAAUUGUAGAAGCAUUUUCAGAUUUAUUACGAUAGGAACUCGAAGCACCUUAAACACUUGGAAACUUUGGCGCGAAGUGACCAAUCAGUGCCUCUACGCUUAUACUCUAAACGCACAGGUUGUUUCUCUCUCUCUUUACUCGUUCGAAUGGAUUUUAACGAAGCCGCCGUCGUUCGCGCACGGUAUACACGCGUCCGACGAUAACACAAGAUGUAUAUCUGUAUACUUUCUCUAACUGAAAUAAAGAAGUGAAAGUCGCAUUGA